AGUGACACACAGAUUUAUGACAUCACUUCCUUGAAGCGGAAGUUUUUUUCGCCCUACCUUUGUAAAAUAAAGCUGCGUCUUUGUGUUCAGAGGAUUCUGGAGGUUGAUAUAUUUCUACCUGUUCUGUAACGAAGAAGAAGAGAGAAGUUCUCCCGCCACAGAGACGUCACUGAGGGAGAACGACUGCACCGAACAUCCAACAGCAUCAUGUCUGGAGACCUGGACCUGUCCCCUCCAGAAGUCCCUGAGCCCACCUUCCUCGAGAGUGUGCUGCGCUACGGCCUGUUACUGGGCGCCAUCUUCCAGUUUAUCUGCAUCCUGGCUAUUUUCCUCCCCAUAUCCAAGGGGCAUGAACAGGAUGAGCCCGAGUCCACGGACAGUAAAGCUGCUGAGCAGAUAAAGAAAACUAAAGGAGGAGCUCCUCAGAUUCGACAGAAGCCAAAGAAAGAGAGCAAGAAGAAGCGAUAGAAAGCUCUGUGUGUGUGUGUGUGUGUGUGUGUGUGUGUGUGUGUGUGUGUGUGUGUGUGUGUGUGUGUGUGUGUGUGUGUGUGUGUGUGUGUGUGUGUGUGUGUGUGUGUGUGUGUGUGUGUGUGUGUGUGUGUGUGUGUGUGUGUGUGUGUGUGUGUGUACACGUGUAUGAGAAACUGUCUUACUACAACACUAAAAUAUAUUGUGUUCUUACCUUGAGAGACUUCAGAAUGAACUGUGUCCUGUUCACCAUCAACAUAGCAUUACAAGGAGCAAACUGACUUGGUGUUUGUGGCCUGCAACGUAUUAUUAUUGGCUAAAUGUUUUUUGCAUUAGUUUCAUUUGUGAUUGAAUAUCAUUAAUUGAAUUAUAUUUGAACUGUAACAGACAAUUAAAUGCACUAUCAUACAGUCA